GCAUUCUAGGAGGUUUAUCUCGAGGUCUUUGUAGAUUUCGUUCUUUUUGAGAAUAUGUAUCAUGAGAGAGGACUUGCGUCGGAGGUACUAAGCAACGCGCGGCGAGGACAUGAACAGAGUGCAGGAGAGACUCGUGCGACGCGGACCGGUUGCAUUUUCUUGACUUCUCAGGUUAAGCAGAGCUGGAGGCGUUCAUCACGACUAAAGCUAGCGAGUCGAGAGUCGUCUGACCAGAUGAAUUUUCACUGUGAACCGCGUCCUCUGCCUGCUCAAAACUUCGAUCGAGCAACAGGAGAGCGAUUCUCGGAGUCGCUGUCGCUCCGCGUAUUCGCCGCUCUUCCAGUUCCUUGUCUCUGUUUCACUCUCUGCAUACGUCGGGCGACAAGGCCGAACGAGCAUUGGAUUCAACGGCUGUUCUGCUCUUCACGGCCGCCACAUGCAAUGCGCGAAAGGCGUAGUAGAGACACACAAACGACGUAGGUGUGUGAGGAACCAACUGUUGCGAACAAGCCGCCUCGAGAAGAGAAACUCCAACUGCUAACUGCUAGUGCCUCCGCGUCCGCCAUCCCUUCUUUUCCAGAGUCUUUUCCUCUCGCCGUCGCCAAGAUGUUCACGGGGACGUGGAACGCGGUGAGGCGCCACAAAUGGGCAUUCCUGACUGGCGGCAGCGCCGCCGCGGGGCUCGUCUACCUCGGCCGCCAGGUGUACGUACAGUACAAACAGCUGUCGGCGAUGCUGGAAGACACGGACGACUUAGAUCGCCUCCUCGCCUCGCUCCUGGGCCUGAACCCAGAGGAACUUCCCCCCCCCCACGGCAGUCGCCACAGAACUCCAGAACGCGAAGACAACAGAGAAGACGGAGAGAUCCGACAGCCAGGAGAGAAGGGAGAACAAGAAGUCGAAAAGCGCGCCGAAGGCGCCGAAGGCGCCGAAGGCGCCUCGCGAGACGCAGAGACCCCUGCGGUUUCUUUCUCUGCGUGGGCUGCGUCUUUGACUUCUCCGCUUUCCUCGUUCUUCGAGAAGCUGGGUGUCUCCUUCUCUCGUCGCGAGAACAGAGCGACGCCGCGCGCGAGCGCGUCUGCCGAGUGGCAGGUCGUUCUCCAUUUUCUACGGACUCAGCGUCUGGCCGACAGGUCGGUGUGGGAACUGCGAGAGGAGAUCCGAGGCGUCGUCGACGUCGCCUUUGACAUAUCGCACUACACGGCGCUUUUGAGAGAUCCUGCGUCCUCGCGGACUCUCUCACCUGUCGCCAAGCGCCGCUGCUUCUUUCACAUGGGCGUCGAAAUCUACGCGCGAACAUUGAUGGCCAUUUACCUCCUCGUCCUCCUCGUCGUUCUCCACCGCGUCCAAGUCAACAUCGUCGCGCGCCAGACCUUCUACGGUGUCUACACACCCGGAUUCGCCUUGAGUCGCGAGGGCCGAGGCUCUGGAGACUCGGGAGGCGCUCGCGCGGCCUCCGGAUCGUGUCGACAGAGACGCAGACCAAGUGGAAGCUGCGACGCGAGGAACGGAGGCGUUGGGGACUCCGCGGCUGCCUCGGGGGCUUCCCCUCGAAGGCGAGAAGAGAACGAAGGCGAAGGCGAACGCGGCGCGGACGAGGCAGGCGAAGGAGAUGAGAGAGACGACCGAGACGAGGCGGAAAAACUGGACCAAGAAGACGAGGAGGAUGGAAGAGACACGAUCACUUUGGAAGAGUUGAAUGCUGCGAACUACUUGUUUCUGACCACGACGAGAUCUCUGUUGUCGUCUCAAACUGCCCUCGAUCUCAUUGCAGUGGAAAUCCACCGAGCCUCGCGGCAGGUGCUCCGAGAUGUCCAGCCUGAGGGGGUGCUUUCUUCCAAAGAUCUUCUUCACCUUCUUCUCCUCAUCCUCGUGACUGCACACACGCGCAUUCUCAGACGCGCGGAAACUGGAGACCUGCCUCAGAAGAGACGCAGACCCUCUCGCCACAGGUCACUCGACAGCGAAAGCGACGAAGAAGACGAAGAGGAAGAAGAGGAAGAGGAAGCAGGCGAAGAAGAGGAAGACCGCGACGGUGCAGAAGAAAAAGGAGAGAGGGAACGAGGAAGGAGUUCCGUGCUGCGGUGCCGUGGUUUGGCUGCACUGCUUUUGCCGGAGAGUCAGGAUUUAUUCGACGCCUCUUUCGAAGAAGCGCGAGUGUCUCAGGUCUCUGUGGCUGGAGAAAGGCGACAGGGCGCAUGUUCGCCGACCCAGAGGAUCCAGUCCAGUCCUUCUCCGUCUCCUCAAGCUGGCUCUGACGAAGCUCCCUGUGUCUCCGACCUGCGAAGAAACCCCAUUGUCUCUGCCCUCGUCGAGGCCCAGCUCGCGGAGGCCAGAGAUCUCUUGGAAGCGCCUGCAUGUGCAGAAGCGACCGCUGACGCCGUGACAGCGGCCCUGUGGCUGGCUGUCCAGUGUCUCCAAGGGUGUCUUCUCCAGGCUGGCCUCGCGGUCGCGGCGUCCCCGAGCUCCGCGCUCGACGCCGGUGUCUCGCGCAACUCCUUCUCGCUUUCUUCUUCCGCCUCGUCUUCUCUUGAAAAGGUCUCUCGGCUCUCUCAGCUGUCUCAGGACGCGGCCGCUUCUCCAGUGUGCGUUGAGGUACGAGAAGAGAAGGCUCGCGUGGAGGUGACGACUUCGUCAAAGAGAGAACAGAACAGCCUGUACCCUGACCUCCUUAACUUGUCUGGACGCGAAGGCACUCGAGGAGACAGCCGCCUGAGACUUCCGGCCACCCGCGACAGCUGCUGGGCUCCCACGGUCUGCCGUUUCGCGUUUGCGCGGACUUUCGGACGGAUCUGCCAGCUCGCUGACUUCGUUCUCGGGUCUCCCCAGACGACUCGGGUGGACGACGAGGCCUGGAAACGCGUCUCCGAAGAAAGAACGCGACCUCGUCUCGACGAAGAGGAGAAGACCCCCGACGGCAGGUUCGCAGCCUCAGCGAAGGCGAGGAGAGGGAAGACGAAGGCCGUCCGGAAGGAGGGCCAAAGUGUCUCAGAGACAGAGAGAGUGGAGGAGACAGAGAAAGUGGAGGAGACAGAGAGCGACGUUCUCGCCUUCGUCGCGCGGCUGCCGGCGAUUGAGGAGUUUUCUUCCUUCGCCUUCUUCCCCACCGCGACGGAGGACGAGCUGGACGCCGUCCGCGCACUGCUGACGGCUGCGCGAGAAAAGGAGACAGUGGAGACGCGGCGUUUCCUGCUGCCUGUGGGGCGCCUUAGCGAACGAAGAGGCCCAGCCUUCAGGCACAUGGCCCAGAUGCAGCGAGAGGUCCAGAAGCAGCUCCUCUUGGCUUCUCUCCGCGAGGAGCAGGAUCUGAGGACGCGCAGAAAGCAACGAGAAGAUGCCCGAAAGAGGGAGAGAAGACGCCGAGUCGAGGCGAAGGGACGCAAGGAGACAUGUGAGGUGUGCGAGACUCCAGAGACUCCAGAGCCCCACACUGACGGAGAAUCCUUGCAUGCAGGCAGCGAGAAAAAACGCAAAGAAGGAGAGGCUUUGAGUUGUCGGUUGCCAGGGAGGGACGCGGUGCACUCGUCGCCAGAAAAGAAGGGAGGCGUCGAGAAGGAGGAGGAGGGAACCGGACGCUUGAGCUUCGGGGAAGAUCGUAUUUCCGCCGCUGUCUCAGACUCUCCGCUGAAGGCGCCUCCAGCAUGCAGAAGGUUGAACAAAGCAACGGGGAAAAUGCAAGAAGGCUCCGAGCGCCGUCAAGGGUGCUUCGCGCCUGCGGAGAGACAUGCGGCCUCCAGGGUGUCGCCCGAGGUAGGGCGAGUCCCCAGGGGCAUCGAGAGAGAGGCGACCGGCGGGUGUGGGGAGAAGGCGAGGGAAGAAGAGAAAGGAAAAGAGGCCUCUUCGCGUUCGCUUCUUUCUUCUGAAGCGCAGGUGCUCGACGACGCUUCGGCCGGUGCGUUGGACGGCAAGAGAGACGACUUGUGCGCUCCAGAAACGCCAGGACUGCCUCCCUCGUUUCUCGGGAGGGAGAGAACGGAGCCUGCUGCAGGCUUGUCUCCUUCGGCGACAGACGGCGAGAAGAACGGAGAGAAAGGAGACGCCCUGACUCCCGACGAAGAAGGAUUUCUCGACUGCCAGCGCGUGGAGUCGGAGCUUUCGCUGGACGUACACCUGAUUGAGAGCCGCCUCAGCUCGCGGGGCCCUCUGGACUCUUGGACGGGGGCUGAGGUGUCUCUGGCGUCUUCCUUCGCAGACAGGAGACCCCACAAACGGGAGGCCGAACGCAGCGGAAAAGAAGAUAGGAAAGAUGGGGACGAGAAAGCGAAAGGAGACCAGGGAAGCCCUGACGAACGCGGAGCAAAAACCCUUGGCGCUUGCGGCGAAGUCGGCGGGGCAGUGUAUGCAUGCGAGAAGCGGAAGGAAGAAGGCUCAAGAGUGAGAAAGUCGGCAGGAAACGAGGAGAGAAAGAACGCAUCUCCAGAGCGCGGAUCUCUGACAGAAGGCGACAAAAGGAGAGACGACGAAAGGAGAGACGACGAAAGGAAGGGUGGCGAAGACAAGAAGGGAGAGCAGGGUGGACCUGGGAGAGAGAACAUCGAAACUGAGAGGUUGCAGAACCGUGCAGAGCGAGAGGACGAGGUAGGGAGAGGAGGCGCGACAGGAGAGAGCGGAUGAAGAUGCCCCGAGAAAACGCCUCUUGCUUCGCCUCAGAGCAUGCAGCCAACGAACUGCAAUCCGGCGUCCAGCUGUGAACUGUCGAGUGUAAAUAUUCCAGUCCCGAUUCAAGGCAGUCUGAUUUUCCAGAGCAAUUUUUGUAGAGGCGAGAUCGAACAUGGCAAGGAGGGGGUGGGGUAGGUUUGAAGAGAAGCCUUGGACGAGACUGGCCAGGUGGUACAGUGUGCUGUCGGCAGUCCUCUGGGCAGGUGAA